GGAGAAGUGUGGAGAGCCAUUGGAUAUUGCAGAUGAGAGAGAGAAAGAGGCAUGGAGAAUCCCAAUGCUCAGUCUAUCAGACAUCACAGCCUACUCUUCACACCCUCCUGUCACCAGUUAUACUACUAAACUAAUCUCUUCCAUUUUCUUUACUUCUUCUCUUCUCUCCUUCUCUUCUUCUUCUUCUUCUUCUUCUUCUAAUCUUGAAAAGCUCUUACCUUUAUUUACCAAACUCACUGCUCAUCUCCUUCUUUCUGACUAAAAUCCCUUUCAUGAUCUGAAAAUCUGAAAAACCAAUAAGAAACAAUUUUUUUUAUUAUUAUUUUAUGAUCAUCAAUAAAAAACCUAGAUCAGAUACUGACUCUCAAACCCCUAAUUUCAUGAGAGAAGAUCGAACUGAAAUGUCUGAAGACGACAACCGAUCUCCGCCGUCUGAUUCUGUUACUAAUUCUGAUUUAUCUUCUAACAAGACCCAAACUUGCACUUCUGGGUGUGGUUCUAGUUCCGGGUCUAGCUCCAUACCCGAAUACCAAGCUCCUUAUCCUGACCAGGUUCUUGAAAAUGUCCUCGAGAAUGUUCUCUGCUUCUUGACCUCACGCCGGGACAGAAACGCUGCCUCAUUGGUCUGUAGGUCUUGGUAUCGUGUGGAGGCGCUUACACGAUCCGAGCUCUUCAUCGGGAAUUGUUAUGCAGUCUCUCCACAACGCGCUACGGCGCGGUUUGCUCGAAUCCGGUCCCUGACAUUGAAGGGCAAGCCCCGGUUCGCUGAUUUCAACCUUAUGCCUCCUCGAUGGGGGGCUCACUUUGCGCCAUGGGUUUCUUCUAUGGCAAAGGCAUACCCUUGGCUCGAGAAGGUUCACUUGAAGCGGAUGACCGUGACGGAUGAUGAUCUUGCGCUGCUUGCGGAGUCAUUUUUGGGAUUUAAGGAGCUUGUGCUAGUGUGUUGUGAUGGGUUUGGCACUAGUGGGCUUGCUGUGGUUGCUAGUAGAUGCAGACAACUGAGAGUGCUUGAUCUGAUUGAAUCUGAGGUAUCAGAUGAUGAAGUUGAUUGGAUUUCGUGUUUUCCAGAGAGUGAAAUGUGCCUCGAAUCUCUGAUUUUUGAUUGCGUAGAAUGUCCAAUCAAUUUUAGUGCACUGGAAAGGCUGGUGGCACGGUCACCAUCACUGAAGAAAAUUAGAUUGAACCGACAUGUUUCAAUUGGCCAGUUAUACCGCCUCAUGGUCCGAGCUCCACAACUUACUCAUCUUGGAACAGGCUCAUUUCGGCCAUCAGAGGAUGUGGCUCAGGGAGAACAAGAACCAGAUUUUGUAUCUGCAUUUGCUGCUUGCAAAUCUUUAGUUUGCCUAUCUGGAUUUAGGGAUAUACUUCCGGAUUACUUACCAGCAAUUUACCCUGUUUGUGCCAUUCUCACUUCUCUAAACUUAAGCUAUGCAAAUGUUACUGCUGAACAGAUUAAACCAAUAAUAAGCAAUUGCUAUAAGCUUCAGAUUUUCUGGGUCCUUGAUUCAAUAUGUGAUGAAGGACUACAGGCUGUGGCUGCAACGUGCAAGGAACUCCGAGAGCUGCGGGUCUUCCCUAUUGAUGCUCGGGAGGAUAGUGAAGGCCCUGUUUCUGAAGUGGGCCUUCAAGCAAUUUCAGAGGGUUGUAGAAAGCUCCAAUCUAUUUUGUAUUUUUGCCAAAGGAUGACGAAUGCAGCUGUGAUUGCCAUGUCUAAGAACUGCCCAGAUCUAGUGGUGUUCCGUCUUUGUAUAAUGGGGCGCCACAGGCCUGAUCAUGUCACUGGAGAACCUAUGGAUGAAGGCUUUGGAGCUAUUGUCAUGAAUUGUAAGAAACUCACACGGCUUGCUGUAUCAGGUUUAUUGACUGAUAGAGCUUUCAAUUAUAUUGGAAAAUAUGGGAAAACAGUAAGAACCCUGUCUGUUGCUUUUGCUGGGGACAGUGACAUGGGGCUUAAGUAUGUGCUUGAGGGCUGCCCUAGAUUACAGAAGCUUGAGAUUAGAGAUAGUCCAUUUGGGGAUGCAGCCCUGCUUUCUGGUCUACACCACUAUUACAAUAUGAGAUUCCUGUGGAUGUCUUCUUGUAAAUUAACUCAAGGUGGUUGUCAGCAGGUUGCUCGAGCGCUACCGCAUCUGGUGUUGGAAGUGAUUAAUCAGGAAAUUGAUGAGGACAUGGAUAGUAAUGUUGAUACAUUAUACAUGUAUCGAUCUCUGGAAGGGCCAAGAGAUGAUGCGCCAAAAUUUGUUUCCAUCUUGUAGGAAUUUGUGCUGCAGGAAGUUGUAUCAGAUGUUCUUAAUGUCAGCUAUUGGACAAGUGGCAAAUGUUUUUUGCUUUUGCGGGAAUGUCUGAGUUCAUUAAGAACUAGUUAUAUAAAGCCCUGCAAGAGAAGGUCAAUAUUUGUAUCAGAGAAAGUUUAGCAAACAGCUUCUGUCCUUGCCCUGUGAUGUUGAAAAUGAAUUCGUAGCAGAAGCUAUAUGAAGGACCACAAUUUUUUAUUUGCUUUGGUUCUUUAAGAGGACUUGAUCAAGGAAGUGCUAGUUCAGAAGAUAGAUCACUGUGUAAGGAUUAGAUCAUUGGAUCUUGUUGUAUUGUUAAGCUUCUAAAUUUUUAUGUUUCUUUUUUGGUGUCAUAUUCAUUUGAUCAUAAAGGACAAGGCGGCCAGAGAAAAGGGAUAUUUGGUAUCAAGGUACAUAAGAAAUCCAAUGGCCAAUGGGAAAAAUUGUGUACCAUUUGAUAUAAAGAAAUCAAGAUGGGUUCGAAUCAUGUUAGAUUUAAUGUGUAUCCUGAGGAAGCUUUUCUUAAACAUUAAUGCCAUCAGCCAGAGCAAGAGCGAGAAGAAAGCAAAGCAUUCAACUCUUCGGGAGAAGUUUAGUCAAAUCUUAUUCUUGAAUCAGAUGUGGUAGCUAGUCUAAAGCUGUAGCUGGUGAGAACCUAAAUGCCCAGAUUGAUCCAUCUCUCUGUCUAUCUCUAUCUCUCACUUUCUCUUUCUCAACGUUUGUUUUCUUAAGAUGUGAUGUUGUAACACCUGACUGUUGAAUUUAUUAUUGUUAUUGUUAGCCAAUGUUGAGAUGGGUAAUAAAUGCCAAAUAUUCAUAUGAAUGGACCGUAUGACUUCAGUGA